AUGCGCCUCCUCAAUACGAAAACCAUCGUGGUCGAGUCAUUCGACGAUGACAAAAUCCCUUCGUACGCCAUUCUGUCCCACACCUGGGAGGCAGAGGAGGUCACUUUCCAGGACAUGGAUCUUGGUAGGGCGACAAGCAAAAAGGGUUGGGCAAAGGUCAAGGACAGUUGCUCUAUGGCCCGCAAGAAUGGAUUCGACUACGUCUGGCUGGACACUUGCUGCAUCGACAAGACCAGCAGCGCCGAGUUGUCCGAGGCCAUCAACUCUAUGUACCACUGGUACCAGGAAGCCACAGUGUGUUACGCCUUUCUUGCAGAUGUCUCCGAUUUAGCUGGGCUCCCCAAAAGCAAGUGGUUCACUAGAGGGUGGACGUUGCAAGAGCUGAUUGCCCCCUCGUCAAUGAUUUUCCUCAGCCAGACAUGGGAAGAGCUAGGCACCAAAGCAACACUUGAUCAAGUCAUCUCAGAACGCACUAGAAUACCCAAAGCCAUACUUUCGGGGGACCAAGAUCUAGAGGCCGCCAGUGUUGCCCAGAGAAUGUCAUGGGCAGCAGAUCGAAGGACCACAAGGAGAGAAGACCUUGCCUAUUGUCUGAUGGGAAUCUUCAGCAUCAACAUGCCACUGCUUUAUGGGGAGGGAGAAAGGGCCUUUAUCAGGCUCCAAGAAGAAAUCAUGAGAGUCUCAGACGACCACAGCCUCUUCGCAUGGAAGUAUCCAAAUGGUCGUGGUGGGCUUCUCGCUGUUAGCCCAGCCGCUUUCAAAGACUCUGGCAACAUCAUUCCCUGGAAUCCCUUCAUGCCGUACAACAGUCCCUUCACCCUUACGAACAAGGGAGUUCACCUAGACCUUCCCUUCAUUGGCUUGGGCGAUAGAGGCACCGGCCUUGCUGUCCUCUCCUGCACCGAGGUUGGCGAUCCGGACAAACUGGUUGCGAUCUAUCUGCGGGACUCAUUUCUGACGAUGGAACAUUUUGAGAGAUGCAAGAGCGAACAAUUCGACCUGAUCAACCUGAAAAAAUUCAGACCUGCGCAAUAUCCAACCAGAAGCUUGUGCAUCAGGUUGCGAGGUCGGAGUCAACGACCCAAAGGGGCUUCAGACGAGAAGGCUCAAGAUGAUCGAUCGCGAUUCGCUGGCAAACAGUUGACUGGUGAAAGGUUUAGCCAACACAUGGACACGGAGCAUGAAGAGCAAAAGCAACUCUCGCUCGCCAUUGUUCAAGGCCGUGAAGCUGAUGUGAAGCGGCUCCUGGCUCUCCCCAACGUCCAGUUAGAUUUCAAAGAUAAUUUCAGGCGCACCCCAUUGGCUCUCGCGGCAGAGGCUGGACAGGAAGGCAUCGUUAGACUGAUGCUGGACCAACGCGACGUCGAUAUCAACCCGGGGAGACACCUCGAGCGAUCGCCGAUUACCUAUGCUGCAGAAAGAGGACAUGAAGGGGUUGUGUGGCAGCUUCUAGCUCGGACAGACAUUCACUCUAGUCCCAGUGACUUGCUGUCGGUAGCGGCAGGUAGCGGCCAUGAGACUCUACUAAGUCAGCUCUUGGCUAGGAGGGAUAUCAGAGAGCAUCUUACAACCGAAAAUUAUGCGACAAUUCUCUCUGAUGCCGCUCAGGAUGGGCAUAAAUCCGUGGUUCGCCUACUACUCAGCUCAGGAAAGGUCCAUCCGGAUCAGGAGGACGAUCUAGGCAACACGGCUCUUUGGUGGGCAGCGGCCAAGGGGCAUGAAGCUAUCGUCAAGCUGCUACUCGAAACCAGCUGGGUUGAUGCUUGCUGCAGGGGUCGUGACGGGACGACUGCUCUCUGGCAUGCUGCCUCAAAAGGAUACGAAGGGAUUGCCAGGUUACUGAUCCAACAAGGCACCGAUUUAGAAUCCCCAGGGAGUGACGGCCGCUCGCCCCUAUGUGUAGCGUCUUCCAAGGGAUAUGCUCCCAUCGUGAAAGAAUUGCUCUAUUUUGGAGCGGAGACAAAUCCGAGGAGUGGGUACGAUCGCACGGCGCUCAUGGAAGCGGCGAUCAAUGGCCACGACGCUAUAGUGAGGUUGCUUCUUGAAAGCGGCGCCGCUAUCGAUACGAAGGUCCGCAUAGAAAGCAAGCCUCGCACCCAUCGGUCGGCCCUAGACUAUGCGUGCGAGGCCGGCCAUGAGAGUGUUGUCAAGUUGCUCCUCGAUCAUGGUGCUUCCGUUUGCGUUCUGAAACAUGCUACCCAGGGGGGGCAUGCGGGCAUCCUCAAGCUGCUGCUUGAGAAGAGGUCCCAUAGUGCUUUGACAGACGAUGAUAUCUGUGCUGUUCUACACGAUGCUGUCGAGAACGGGUACUCUGAUAUUGUCAGGAUUCUGUUGGAGGCAACAGAGGACACAGAAGCGGUCCUCCAACCGUUCCACCUUGUCGUCGCAGCCAUCAAUAGGGAUCUAAUCAUGGCAAAGUUACUACUGGAAAACGACGCAGACGCAAACUCUGCGUGGAACGGAGGCCUUCUCUUUGGCUUUGCUGCUAAACAAGGUUGUGACGAGAUCGUCAAGGCGAUGCUGCCUGAGCCAUGUGGGCAAGACUGGAAGACUCAUCUCGAAAAAAAGAUCGAAAGCAUUGGGCUGGGUUACAAAGUCGGCCGACACAAAUCAGAUAUGCCGGAGCAACAAUCACAGUGGAGACGAGCCCACGACUACACCCUAUGUCCACUAUGGUGUGCCACCGUCAACGGGCACGAGGAGAUGGUUCAACUCCUGCUGGAGCACAGCGCCAAUCCCGACAGCGUAGUACAUAGCUGGGAGAGUGGUGGGAGUAGUAGGACAGUGCUCUACGACGCUGUUCGGCUGAACCACGAAGGCGUCGUGCGCCUGCUACUCUCAAGCGGUGCCUCCCCAAACCUCGGUGGCCGCGGCUUCUCUCCCCUGAUCCAGGCUUCGCUCUAUUCCACCCGCGACAGCGUUGCAGUAGCGCGGAUGCUCCUCGAGAGCGGCGCAGACGUUGGGGUUAUGUCAUACAACAACGAAACCCCCCUGAUGUGUGCCGCCAGGUCGGGCAAUGUGGCCGUGGUCAAGCUCUUGUUAACGCAUGGGGCGAAUCGCAAGGCCAAGAACCGCAGAGGCGAAACUGCAAUGUGUUAA